UAUUUUCCGACCGUUAUUGGCCACUUCCGUUCCAACACCACGCUGCCAAAUCAGUGUAACCUGCAUAAUAUACAGCAAACAACUAAUAAUCAUGUAGCAUUUUAAGCUUCUAAUUGUGUGUGUGUGUGUGUGUGUGUGUGUGUGUGUCUGUGUGUCUGUGUGUGUGUGUGUGUGAAGAGGCGUAAAUGUUUGUUGAAUUGAAUUUGAUAUAUGCAUCAAAUUGUGUGAUAUGUGUGUGUUUUUCUCUCUGAGUGAGUGUGUGUGUGUGUGUGAAAAGGUUUUCUUUUUUUGUAAUUUGAUUUUGUUCAUAAACAUGUUUUGCUGAUUCCAGCAAAUCAUACAGUUGCGAACAUUCGGCUGAUGCGAAUCUUAGAAUAUGUAAAAGAGCAGAGGUAGACAAAUGUGUCUGUGCGUGUGUGUGUGUGUGAGAAUCGAUUUGUGGAAUCGGGUGAAAAACUGUUGAACCUUUGAAUCGGUACUUAAUUUUGUUGACUUGUUGACUGAAGGUACUUAUUGCUUUGAAGAAAGGAACACAACUAAUCAAGUAUAGCUGGAAAAGGAAGCGCAAGUUUUGCACAUUUAGACUUUCUCGAGUAAGAAAUUAUCCUUUCCCUCACCUUUACCACGACAAAGUUUUUCUGUAUUCAUUCAACUUUGUUGUCGCAUGUUAACGCAAACUUAUAUGAUGCAACUUAUCUCUUCCUUCCGAUUUUUAUGCGUUCUUAAUAGUAGAAGACAAUCUACAUUUCCAUUUAUUAAAAAUACUUAUUAAAUAUUGAAUAAUUCUUUUUAGCACUUGAUUUAUAAAUAAAUCAAUAAUCAUGUAAAACUGAUUAUAUGAUUAUUAUGUUAAUAAAAGAAAUAUUUGAAUAACUGAAAUAUUUGUCAUGCUAUUUUUUACCAGCAUCAGUAAGACUAUUUACUUACUACAAAAUGGCAAAGGAUAGGAGUUGGGUUUUGAUAGAUGAUCAUCGAUUAGAUGCAUUUCAAAAGGGUUGUGAAGAAUUUUUGGAUUUUGCUUUUAAUAAGGCUGCGAUUGAUAAUAAAAUACGAUGUCCAUGUCGAGAUUGUGAGUGUAGAAAAAUUGGGGAUCGGGAAUUUGUCCAUGGACAUUUACUUUGGAGGGGUUGGGAUAAAUCUUAUGGUUUAGGCCAAUGGGUAAUGCACCUAGAGUCUGAGGAAGAAUAUCGUCUCGGGCAUCAGGUUUGUGAAACAAAUGAAGCUGCUGAUUUCAGAAUUUCUGAAGUUGAAGAGGUGAAUCAUGAAACCGAUGGUGGUGCGAGCGGUCGUGAGAACAUGGAAGAAUUGUUGCAAGCAUGUAUUCAUCCUGAUCAACACGAAUCAUUGGAAGAAUCCACACCGGAAGUUGAUGAUUUUCGUAAACUCAUUGAAGAGUGGUGUAUCCCUCUAUAUGAGGGAUGCCAAGAAAAUUCUAAACUUUCAUUCGUGUUGGAAUUCUACAAAAUUAAAUCUCGAGGCAAGAUGAGCGAUAAGACGUUUUCAGACACACUCCAACUAAUUAAAAAAAUUCCUGGUCUAAAUAUUCCCGACUCUUUUUAUGAAGUUAAGAAGUUGAUUGGGAAAUUGGGGUGUGGUUAUGUGAAAAUUGAUGCAUGUGAGAAUGAUUGCAUGUUGUUCUGGAAGGAUGAUAUAGACUUAGAUUCAUGUAGAGUCUGCAAUGCUUCACGAUGGAAGACUUCCAUGGAGAACCAGCCGAGCUCUUCAACCACUCGCCGCAAAAGAGUACCGAAAAAGGUUUUGCGACACUUCCCCUUGAUUCCGAGGCUUAAGCGUUUAUUUAUCUGUGAGAGAACAUCCAUUAACAUGAGAUGGCAUGCGGAGACUCGAAGGAUAAAUCUCCAAGAGAUGAAGAUGCCAGAUGCAAAAGCAAAUCCUUUUGUUCUGCCAUCACAAGUAUUGCAAGCAUUCUACGUCGAAGAUCCACGUGAUAGGCCAUGGGUGGUGCCUGUUGUUAUUAAACCAAGGGACAACUUUGCUCUAAAAUCUGAGGAUCUUGUUGAAGUUGAAGAUGGAUGUUAUGAGAUACUUUCGAUAAAUAAUGACAUAAAUGUUAUAGAUGUUAUGGAAGAGUAA